AUGGCGACCGAAGAAUAUGAGCCUGGUGAUGUCAUCUACCUGUCCAGCGGUGACGAACGCGAGGCAGCUAGAAAAAAGAGGCCCCUCGAAGAUGCUUCUAGGUCCAAGACCCCCGAUGGACAUGCUUCCUCAGCGCCCCGGCCAAAGCGUCUGAAAACUGAUGCACCUCCAACAUAUGCUCAGGAUAGUGAAUACUCAUCAGACGAUGAAGAGAAGGGCACGAGAAAAUCAUCAACGAAACAGAGCACGUCUGGCAAGUCGGCACCGGAAAGUUUGGAUGACCUUCCCGAUUUUAAGCAUCUGGAUUUGAGCUUCAAAAUGCCUAAACUUGCUGAGAGGAACGGCGGAUCCUGGCUAAAACGAUUCAAGGACUGGAUCAAAGAAUUUCAUGCGGUCAAUUCGGAAACAUGUCAAGCUAUCACUCCGGUGCUAGCCGAGUCUGCUUACAAUCAGUAUAUCGAUCAACAUGCCGGAGUCAAGCCCAAGAAGAGAAAAAACGCAAAGCAGGUUGCAAAGGAAUUUGAAAGCACAGGCGAACUAGAAGCUCUUCUCCGAACUCUCCAGUCUUCAUAUGCUUCUGGACGUAACCAGUCCACUUUGGAUAACUGGGUGAAGAAGGCGCCGCAGAAGGAACCAGUUCAUAAAGGAAAACGUUCCCGCGGUUCUAGUGUUAGCGAGGGAGAGAUUGACGAAACGAACGAGAAUGAGUCCGAUAGCGAAGCUGAGUACGAACCAACUCUAAACAGAGGCGAGAGGACAGGAGAGGACGCAAAAGAAGGAUCAUCGUCGGCCACAAACGUCCCGACAAAUGGCGACGCAACAUCUCACCAGGAUCUCCCACCUAUCGACACUCACAGGAAUGUCCCUACCGGGAAUGAGGCGUUGGAACAACAGCGCAGAUACUUCCCCUCAGCCAACGAUCCUGCCCAGAUGUGCCUUCUUUGCGGGCUUAACACACAUCUGGCAACGAGUUGCCCAACGCUUAUCUGCUCAUGUGGAAGUCUGGAACACUCAGAUAUAUGUUGUCCGGAAAAGGAAAGAUGCAACAAAUGCCGUCAACUUGGCCACGAAGUAAGCCAGUGCACUGAGAAGCUGGCGUUGACCAAGGAAGAGGGCCUCGCUUGCGUUUUCUGCAGCUCAAAGGACCAUCUGGAGGAGCAGUGCACACAAGUGUGGCGAUCGUUUCAUCCAGAUGCAUCCACUGUGAGGAAAGUUGCGUUUAUUCCUGCGUCAUGUUCCAUGUGUGGGAGCGAUAGACACUUCUCCUCUGACUGCAAUUCCCAACGCGGCACUCUGUCCAACCCGACUUGGUCUGUGAAGAACCGCGACCAGUACAUCGACCCCGACUGUGGCAUGGCGGCGAUCGAGGAGGCAACAGGGGGACAGCAGAAGGCAAAAGCUGCAAAGGGCCCCGACCUCAGGAUCCGAGGCCACGCUGCGCGAACGACAAAUAUCCACUACUCAGAGAGUGACGACUCAGAAGUAGAGUUUCUGGGCCACAAGCGCGUUCAGAAGCCAGCGAUCGGACAGAUUCGGAUGGCCAGCAACCUCCAGAUGCCAAAUAUGCAGAAUGGCAGGUCGAGAGGAAACAACAGACAGAAUGGCGCACCAGUCCAGCCCCCCCUCCCUCCUGGUCCUCCUCCAUCUGGACCACCACCUCCGCGAAGUUCGUUUCGACAUCCUCCUCCAGGUGCUUCAUCCGGACCGUCUUCAUCGCUGCCGAGAAAACCUCCUGCACAAGACUACAGAAACGUCCCCCCGCCACAUCAACAAGGCUCGCAAGGAUCGGGGAGGUCGUACGGGAACAACGCGCCCCAGGGGUCCAAGUCUAGAGGGGGUGGGCGUGGUGGCCGUGGGGGACGAGGAGGUCGUGGACGCGGCAGGGGGAGGGGCAAAUAG